GUUCAUCUCAUUAAGUAAGUGUUAUCAGCGUCUACUUCAGUUGAGAGUUCAGAGUGAGAGAAGAUGUUAAAGUCAAAUCUCUUGUGUUUUCUUCUUAUAUUGAUGCUCUCUGUUUUUACUGGAGGAGAGGAUGCGUAUUUCGGAGGAGGGUUGAGCAGAUGCAUCUACAGCACCCGUGAUUACAGUGACAUGGUGUUCAUUGAUGCUUAUUUAUUCAAUAAAGAUAAGGUCAUAGAGUUCAACAGCACUGUGGGGAAGUUUGUGGGGUAUACUGAGCUUGGAGUGAGAAAUGCAGAGAACUGGAAUAAUAAUCCCGACAUCAUGCAGAAAUGGAGAGCUGAGGUGGACAGAUUCUGCAAAUAUAAUGCUCAAAUCGAUGACUCAUGUGUCCGUGAUAAAACUGUGAAACCGACUGUUAAGAUCACUUCAGCAAAGCAGCCUCACGGCGGACAUCAAGCCAUGUUGAUGUGCAGCGCGUAUGACUUCUACCCACAAAGAAUCACAGUGUCCUGGCUGAAAGACGGUAAACCUGUGACCUCUGAUGUGACCUCCACUGAGGAGUUGGCUGAUGGGGACUGGUACUAUCAGAUCCACUCGCACCUGGAAUACACCCCUAAAUCUGGAGAGAAGAUUUCCUGUAUGGUGGAUCACGCCAGCUUCAAUAAACCCAUGAUUGUUGACUGGGAUCCUUCUCUCCCCGAGUCUGAGAGAAAUAAGAUUGUUAUCGGGGCCUCUGGACUGGUGCUGGGAAUCGUCAUAGCAGCUGCUGGACUCAUUUACUACAAGAAGAAAUCAAAAGGGAGGAUCCUGGUACCACAUUAAUGAUGCUAGGUUUAAUGAAACAUUUGAAAACUGGAACAGUAAAAUGUUUCUCAUUUAUCUGUAACACAUAUUACAUGUGCUCUUUGUUUUUAAGAAUCCUGUUUAACGAUCAUAAAUAAUGAAAUACUGAAUUUUCAAACUCAGCCACAUGAUUAUUAAAUACACAAAUUGCAGGUCCUGAAACUGUUUAAAUGGGAAUGAAGCUUUUCUGAGCUUUUCAUUUUUUAAAAUUUUUUUUUUACAAUGAAAACACAAUAGGAAUGCAAAAACAGCAUGAGUUCUGAUACAUGUGUUUAACUCACAUUUUGGAAUCUUUAUAUAAUUGAUAUUGAUAUUCUCAAAAACUAUUAUAAAGAAAACAAACUUCUGUUGAUGUAAAUAAUGUGUGAAAUAUGUUUGUAGAUUAUUGCUCUUGCUUCAUUUCCAGGAUUUCCUGAUUAAUUUGUUCAGAAUUAAAAGAGAUUGAUAAUGCUUAGCAUGGUAUCAUCUGAAAAACAUGAAUAUAUUUAUUCUGAAGACAGAUUAAAAGUAAAUGCCUGCAAACACAUAGGCAUUAUGUUUAAUAUAAAAAAUCCUAUUUUUAUAGAUAAUGAUAUGGGUCUGUCAGAUUUAUUUUAAUGUAACUGUAAUGACCCCAACAGGACUCUUUAAUUUUGCAUUUAUUGUCUGAUUUAAUUCUUCUUCCUUAUUAUCCUAGCAAUUACGCUUGCAUAAUGAUUGAUGCUUCAAAACAUCCACAACAACAUUUGUUAUUUCUUAUGUAAAUUUAAGCUUCAAAUAAAUAUUUUUAGGCUUUACAAA